UAAAAAAGCACCCUCCCACCCCCAUCCCCUUACUCCCACCCCCAGGCCGAGCGGCCGUGCUGCAGAGAGGGGGGCGGGACCCCAGCUCAGCUUAGCUCUGGAGGAGAGGGGCGGGGCUCCCCAGGCCACCCCAGCCCAAGCAGUGGCAGAUCCCGCGGCGGAGAGAACGAGGCUGGGAGUCCCCUGGAAAGGAGGAGGGAGAUUUUAGGGGUUUGGGGGAGCGGAGGCGGAAAGACACAGGGUACAGGAGGACACGGGGAGAAGCCCGAGGGAAAAGAUUUGCAGGGAGUCAAGGAGAGACCCAGGAUUAGAGAAACGGAGAAAGAGGCACGCGCAGAGCCUGGGUGAGAGACAAGAAAGGGAAGGACAGAGGGACUGAGGGACAGACGGAGGGAGUGAGGGAGAGAGGUCCGCGUGGGAGCGCAGGGUGCCGGCCGGAGACAGAGGGCGGAGCGGACACACUAGAGAGGCCGGUUCGGGGGCACAGAAACGGCGGGCGCGGGAGCAGGUGGAACCGGUGAGAAGCGGCCCCCCGAAGCUCCGAGGCAGCGGGGGAGGGGGGGUGGUCUUGUCCCAGGCUCGCCUCUACCUCGAGACCAUGGAGCUGCUGGAACAGAAUCGGAGCUCGCUGGAGCUAGCGUCCCAGUGCGGCCCGGGUCCCCUGGCCCCUAACAGCAGUGCUGAUGGCAGUGCCAAUAGUAGCUGCGAAUCUCCCCGAGGAGGCUCUGGAGCCAGCAGGACACCCCGAGAGAUGGAGCUGGCAGUGAGGGUGACCCUGUAUGCCAUAAUUUUCCUGCUGAGCGUGGGAGGAAACCUGCUGAUCAUCACAGUGCUGGGACUGAGCCGUCGGCUCCGCACAGUCACCAAUGCCUUCCUGCUCUCCCUGGCUGUCAGUGACCUGCUCCUGGCUGUGGCCUGUAUGCCCUUCACCCUCCUGCCCAACCUCAUGGGCACCUUCAUCUUUGGCACUGUGGUCUGCAAGGCUGUUGCCUACCUCAUGGGAGUGUCUGUGAGUGUGUCCACCCUCAGUCUGGUGGCCAUCGCCUUAGAACGCUACAGCGCCAUCUGCCGGCCUCUGCAGGCACGCGUGUGGCAAACACGUUCCCACGCAGCGCGUGUCAUUGUCGCCACGUGGCUUCUGUCUGGGCUGCUCAUGCUACCCUAUCCUGUGUACUCCGUUGUACGGCCCGUGAGCCCCCGUGCACUGCAAUGUACACACAGCUGGCCCAGCAUGCGAGCGCGCCAGGCUUGGUCGGUGUUGCUCCUACUGUUCCUCUUCUUUGUCCCUGGCGUUGUCAUGGCGGUAGCUUAUGGUCUCAUCUCCCGCGAGCUCUACCUGGGGAUCCGCUUCGAGAGUCAGAGCCAGAGCCACGGGCAUGGGCAGCAAGGCCACAACGGCGACCACAAACAUAGCGGAUUACCCUGCGGGCCAAGCCCAGCACUUUCCAAUGGGCCCCGAGCCCAGGCCUCUGCAGGCCAGGAGGGUGAUGGCUGCUAUGUGAAUCUGCUCUCAGAACAAUCUGGAAUGGAACUCUCAGCACUGACACCCACUGCCUCUAAAAAGGAAACCCGAGGCCCCGGACCUGGGGUGAGCUCACGGCCCGCUCAGGCCCAGGCUCAGCUGCAGGCCAAGAAGCGGGUGGUUCGGAUGCUGCUGGUGAUCGUGGGACUGUUCUUCUUGUGCUGGCUGCCCUUGUACAGUGCCAACACGUGGCGUGCCUUUGACAUGGAAGGUGCCCAUCGUGCCCUCUCAGGAGCCCCUAUCUCUUUCAUUCACCUACUCAGCUAUGCUUCCGCCUGUGUCAAUCCACUGGUCUACUGCUUCAUGCAUCGUCGUUUCCGUCAGGCCUGCAUGGCCACUUGUGCUAGGUGCCGACCCCAUCCACCCCGUGCCCGAGUUGCCCGAGCAGGACCUCGGCUAGGGGAUGACCAUGAACUUGAUCAUCCCACUACCUCUCUGUCUCGUCUAAGUUAUACAACUGUCAGCACACUGGGUCCUGGCUGAGGGCAUCCUGAGACAUGAGAUCAACCCAGAAAAACAUUGACUCUCCUGCCUUGGGGGAAAGGGUACCUUCUGCCUUGGAGAAGAUGGGUAUCCCACUAUAGGGAGCCUGAGCCUCCUUACUCCCACCCCAGGAUGGCAUGGGUACCACUUCCCUAGGGACUAUAGGAAGUCCUAAUCUGGCAUUGAACCCAAACUGUAAAAGCCCUGUUGAGCCCACAGGACUAACAGUCUUGACAUGGAUACACUCCUAGAAAUCACCUACCCCAAGACUAGAAAGGCCUCCUUGGACAAGAGGUAGCCACACCCACUGGGACAUAGUCCUACCUGGGAAGGUUCUAAGGUAGCAUAAGUGACCCUUGACCUACCAGAAACUCUUCUGGACUUCACUUGCCCCUGCACUGAAGCCCACAGGCAGCACUGACCCUGGGUGCACAGGGCAGACCCAGUACCCAACCUGGGAAAGCGUCCCCAGUCUGCACUGAUCCUCCUGACCCUGAAUUAAGGUCUUCUAUCUGUUAGACCACAAGCCCCUAACACCAGCUUUCUUUUACUGCAGAGCCUGGGAAAAUGCAUAAGACACAUUCAUGUCAAGGAAGCUACAGGAAAAAAAUUAGCCCCUGACCCCAACCCCAAUGUCCUUUGUGAGGUUAAAAGCUACAGGAAGGCUCAUGCCUUGAUUGUGAGGAAAACUCUGGCCCCUAGUGGAUAGGGACUCAGGAGGAUAGGAUCCCCCUCAAGACCCCUUUCCUGCCCCUAUCGCUAUAAUUCCAAACACCUCUUCUUAUGCACUCUAGCAUACCUGUUUCAUCUUCCUCUAUACAGCCCAGUCACUAUACAUAGCCCUCAACAUGAAAACUCUUCAAGCACUUGAAGACAGUAAGCCUAUGUCCACCUUUCUUCCCUCAAACCCCUUAUAGGCUAAACAUCCCCAGUUCUUCAAUACUAAUUAAUGAGCCAUCAUUUUUGUGGCACUUUAAGGUUGACAAAAUGCAUCUGUUAUCUUUAUUUGUUUCUUCAACUAGUCCUUGAAUGGUAUGGUCACCAGUCCUCUCAUCUCCCUGAUUGCCCUCUUCUGGAUAUUACCCAAUUGACCAGUACCCUUAAAAACAAUGUGCCUAGCACUCAUACCCCAGAUGUGGUCUGAGAGAAGGAGAGUCCAACAGUAGGACUGUAAUCUCCCGGGCUUUGGAUUCUUGUCAUUAAGAAGAUGUUAGCUUUUUUGGCUGCCUCUCACAAACAUGACUAGCAUUUCUCUUUUCCAAGUAAAUCAUUGUUAUUGCUUAAAACCUUCCAUGGCUUAAGGAAAGGGAGCUGGUAGCAGCAAUUUGAGCUGCCAGGAGACUAGGCUGCUAGGAUAAAAUUUAAUCUAGGGCCAAGGUUGUAUCUUCCUAGUGGAGUUCAUGGUAUGCCAGGACAGGCUUACCUGGGACCCAAAGUCAUUCUUCCCCUGAUGUCUUUAAGAAGGUAUCUUUAGCUCUACAUCCUAGGAACUAGAAGUAAAGAGCAGGCAGCAGCGGGUCCAUAUACUAAAGCAGAAGUAAAUCAGAUUGGAAAGAUAUACUUUAAUCAGACUGUUGAAUACCAGUCAGAGAGGUCUGACUAUAUCACAAUUAGUAGGUAUGUGCUGCAGGUCUUGGACUCAGAAUGAAUUUAAAAACUUUUCUCUGUUUACUAUGUACCAAUUUCCUGCUCUCAGAGACAAACUGACUUGCCUGAGACCACACAGUUCAUUGCUGUUAGAAACUGAAAUCUGACUUCAAAUCUAGGCUUUUGGUCUUGGGAGAGGGGAUAGGUAGAGCUUAGAGUGAGGGAGAGAGGAAGUGUAGCACAAAUUCCAAGGCUAAUCAGUGUUCUAACUGUUGAAAAUGAGGAAAUUUUUACUAAAGGAAUCUACAUUAGCAGGGAGAAGGAAGAGAAUGCUGGUUUCUGGGAGCCAGUCUCAGGGAGGUAACAGUGCAGGGAAAGGACCUUGAAUUUGGGAGAUUGGGGAUCUGAUUUAGAUUCUAGCUUAGGCACCAACUCCUUAUAUAACCUUGAGCAGAUAUCUUCCUCUCUGUACCUCAGCUUCUUUGUCUCUGAAAUGAGGGGGUUGUAUUAGAUGCUCACCAGCUAAGGCUUUAGAGUUUUAACAACCUAUUGUUGUAUUAUGAAUCAUGCCCAUGGGUGGCAUUCUCUUGGGAGGCAAGCGGGAAGAGGAAGAAUGAUCAAGGGGAGGCAGAAUAGAUAGAGGGGGAAGGAUAAGAGGAAAGAAUAAUGAGGGAAAGAGUGUAGAUAUGGAUAAGCAAAGUGAAUGAGAGAGGGUAGGAUAAAGAAAUGAGUGAAUAAGAAAGGGAAUGAAGGACAAUGAGGACUGGUGAGGUAGGAAGAUUGAGGAAGGGGUAAGGAUAAAGUAGAAGGCAAUGAGGCUGGGAAGACUAGAAAGAUCAAGAAGAGGUAGAAGAGGUAGAAAUGUGAGACCAUGUGAAGGAUGGAAGAAACAAGAAAAGAAAAGUCCUAGUCUUUGAACUAAGGGACUUUGGAGGCCAUUGAGUCCAAACCCUUCUUUUAUAGAUGAGGAAACAAGCCAGAAAGGGUAUGCGAUUUGCCCCAGAUUACCCAGGUAGUAAUUGUCUUAGGUAGAUUUUGAACCCAGGUCUUCUUGUCUACAAGUCCAAUAGUAUAACCACUAUGCCUUGCUAGGUAGAGAGAGGAGGUGAAGGCAGCAAGCAAGAAAAAUGGGAAGGAAAGAGAAUUGAAAGUGAUCUCAGAGUAAGUAGGUAGAUAAAGAAAACUCUAUCUCCAUCCGUUGGAACCACCAAGGCUCUGGGUCAGGCCCCUGCUAUAGGGAUGAGAAGGUUCCCAGAAGAUGCAGAUCUAGUCUCCAGUAAAUGCCUUGGAUUCGUUUCUUCUGAGCUAUGAGAAGGAAGGUAGUUAUUGUUUCAUUACACAUAAGGACCUUCCAGAUGCUGUUGAGAUGGUGGUACUUUGGGAUAGUGGAAGCAAUAACAUUGUCACUUACUAGAACAAAAGAUGUUAUAGUUGAAAGAAUUCUUAGAAAAGUUAACUUCUUCAUUUUACAGCUCAGGAAAUUGAGGCUCAGAAGAUGGAAUUGACUUGUUCAAGAGAGUAAGGAUCAGAGGUGGGAUCUGAACCCUCUCAUGAUUUCACUUUCAAUGCCCAUUCCACUAUUUCUUUCUACCUAUCAGGUACAUGAUUAAAUAUCUAAUAAGAUACAGUUGACAGCACCUCUGGGACUCCUUUUAGAGCUGAAUCUAGAGCAUCAGUUAAGAAAAGUGAUUGUUCUAAGGUCACAAAACUAGUAGUACAGAGCCUUGACUGUAAGUUGGAAGGGAGAAAGAGGACUCAAAGUCAUUUAUGUGAGCUGGUUUUUGCCAGAGAUGGCCCAAAUCAAAAAAGGUUUCUGCCUAGGAUUUAACCAAGUGGAUUCUCUUUUGUAGGUGGCAGGGGAGUUGGGUGCAUGGACUUCACAUAAUUGUCCUCAGACUCCAAUAUUUCUUUCAUUCUCUAUAGAUAUCUGAUAAGCAGAGUGCACUUUAUCCAGUGGUCCAGCUCAUCCUGAUUGUAUACAAUGUCAGGCAACAGCAUCUACCGAGUAUUCUUCAUGAAGAAUUUUAUGCUAGGUACACAAGUGCAAGUGUUUUAUAGCAUCUGUGAUGGGUUGUUUCCACAAUUACCUUCCUGGCUGGUUGCCUGUGGACUGUUCAGGCAUUAGGUUACCAUCAGAAAGGUCUGUUACUUAGACUCUAAUAGGGUCUAUAUCAAUAUUGGGAUAAGUAGGUAGGUAGGUAGGUAGAUAGAUAGAUAGAUAGAUAGAUAGAUAGAUAGGAAAGAAGGAAACAACAUUUAUUAAGUACCUACUCGGUGUCAGGCACUGUCCUAAGUACUUUACAGAUAUAUCAUUUGGUCUUUGCAACACUGAGAGGUAAGUGCUAUCAUCCCUAUUUUAUAAUUGAGGAAACUGAGGCAAACAUAUUAAAUGGCUUGCCCAGGAUCACACAGAGUCUGAGGCCAAGUUUAUACUCAGGUCUUCCAGGCUCCAAGCCCCAAAGCUCUAUCCACUGAACCACCAGCUUCCUUGGGAGAUUCAGAGAGGGGAGAGCAAGGAGAAAAAGAGACAGAGACAGAGACAGAGACAGAGAAUUUGUUAAAAACUUACUUUGGACUGACCAGACUUGGACAAAUUCCUACAUCCCUAGUGUGCAAAAACUUAGCAUCCCUGAUUUAGCCCUGGAAAGGAAUAGCAUAGAUGUCAUCUAGACCAACCCUCCUCAUUUUACAGAUGAGGAAAUUUGCCCAGAAUCACACAGCUACUAAGUAUCAGAGGCAGAAAAUGCAAUGUGUAUAUAUGGUAUAGAAGGAAGAGGUGAAUGGUGGGGAUGGGGAGAGGACAGGGAAAAAAGGAUGGGCAAAGGAUUCAUGGUGGAUCUAAACAUUUCAUGUUUCAAGGACAGUGAACAGAAUGAAAUAGGAUCAUAGAGUCAGUGUUAGAACUGAAAGGGACCUCAGAAGUCUUCUAGAGCUGAGAGCCUACCCUAAUCCCUGGCUGGCAGCAUUAAAACUUUUAUUCUCAAGGCCUGGCUUCAUGCCCACUGACAAGGAACUCCUGUUCUUGAUUCUGUCAUUUUGUCUGUCCUUUCUCCAGGCCAAGGACAUUACUUUAAUGGAAGAUAGCUGCCCAAGCAGAAAUAUUUUGAUGAGACCAAAUGGUGUGUGUUCAUAGCAUCAUCACCUACCAUGCAUGUUUGGCGCCAUUCUAUCUAGCUUUAAGAAUCAUGUGUCCAGGCCAGGGUCACUUAUUUGUCCCACUAUUUGUGGAGAAACCACUGGCAUGGACUUUCUCCAGUUUAGCAUAGUGUCUGGCACAUAGCAAGCAAAUAAUCAAUGCUUGUUGACUCCCUUCAGCUGGAACACAACUCACAUUGUCAUUAAUACUUCUACCAAGAAGACAAAUGGCAGCAGCUACUGAAAGCACUCAGAGAAUUUUUCUGGCUCUGACAAAAGGACAAGAGUCUGAUUCUCCCUUUUCCCCUUUUGGCCCUGCCAGCUAGGCAUUGGCAGUGACAAUGGGAGAACACUGUCAGGGUACCAAAAAAGGACUGAUGGCACCACAUCCAUCACAUGGAUAGACAAGUCUCUUCUGCAGAACAUUGUUUUCCUCUGUAGCAGUGUUUUAUUCUUCCUCUGUAUUUACUUUGUAUAUAUCUUGUGUUUACUUAUUUGUGUGUGUGUGUGUGUGUGUGUGUGUGUUGUAUCCCUUCCCCCCCCUCCACCCCUGCCCCAAUAUAGCAUGUAAGUUCUUCAAGCUGGGGGCUUGUGUUUCUAUCGUUGUCUUUCCAGAGCCUAACACAGUGCCUUUCACAUAGUAGGUACUCAAUAAAUGCCAAUUGAAUCGAAUUUCUUCUCUGCCUUCCACACUUCAUGGUCAAGUGAAAAGAGCAUUUUAUUUCAUGUCACCAGACCUGAAUUCAAAUCCUGCCUCUGACAUUUCAUACCACUGUGACCUUGGGCAAAUCACUUGACUUGUCAGCCUCAGUUCUGCCUUAUCUAUAAAAAGAUGGUGUUAGAUGAGAUAGUCCCUCCCUCCCUGUUGAAUAUGAAUUCUUUAUGGGCAACAAUUAUGUUUUUGCCUUUCUUUGUAAGCCCAGUGCCUCACACCCAGUAAGCACUUAAUAAUAUUUUGUUCACGGACUGGCUGGCAGACUGUAAGGAUUUUUCCAGCUUUAGAUUUAUGAUCUUCUGUUUCCCACCUCCCUUCCCAACUCUCAUCCUGUCCCCAGGAUCAAAUUGUUUCAGAUAGAGUCUCUUCACUUUGAUAAUAGUCAACAUUCUCAUCCCUUUUUUAUUGAAUUUUUAGAUAUUUAUCUUGAUUUUCUACAUGGUAUUUUCCCCUUUGGUGUCAUAUUUCUAAGCAGCUCAUAACCGGAUAAUUACAAAAAUGCAUUUUGUGACUGCAUCAGUUGAAUCAGAGUUUGGGUUAUACUAUUCCCUUUAAAGAUAGAUGAGUUUUCAUUAUAUUAAAGUUUGUAAACAUGAGAUCCUUCAGUGCCUUGCAUGUAGUAAACGCUCAAUAAAAUAUUUGUUGUCUUAAA